ACGAGGGGGCCUCUUCGGAAGCAUUUGCUUGCGAGUUCCGCGAAGGCUCGUGAUGAACAAUGCUCUUACACAGCGAAGGCUGUUAAAGAGGUUUUGGCUUUGGACGUGGUUCAGAUGCGGGACUUCGGGGAAGUACUUGCGGCACUCCGAUAUCCUCAUGAGAUCCGAGCACCUAUCUUUGGACAUGCCUUCGCUAGGAUUGCUGAUGAUGCCAGCUGGAGGAAGGACAUGAUAAGCGCCGGCUUUGUACACUCUUUUACACAAGCCUUGUCCCAAGACCCACUGCCUGAGAAAGAUGUCCUCGAAUUCCUUGCUCGUUGUGUGGAAGUGGCAUCCAUCGAGAUCGGGCGUUCAGGCCACACUCCUGACAUCCUCAAAAUGUGCUCGCAUCAGGAUCCUACCAUAUCUAUGGCCGUCCUCAACGGACUCGCGUCAAUUUCUGUGAAUGGGACGCCAGACGACAGGGUUCGCCUCAUUCAAGAUGGAUUUUUGGAGGAGUCUUUACACUUUUGUAGCCAAGAUUCGUUAUCACCGGGAGUCCUCAGCCUACUGCAGCAGUCGGUACCUGCCUUGUCCCAUGCCAUAUUGAACGAAUCGAGGGUCUCAACAUUCUUGAUUCCUGCGCUUUGCAACAAGCAUGAGCCAGUGUGGGAGCUUUCCUACUCUGCUUUGCACGAUAUUCUUUCAAGCGGAGAUGAUUCAUCGGACAUGAUGAGAGCACAGAUAUGGCCCACUAUCUCUCACUCCCCCUUAGUUGUAUGCAACUUCAUCGAACAAGCUCUUCAUCUGCGAUGGGCGAAUGAUCUGAGCAAUGCCCGCAGUGUACAUCUCCUCUACGAAUUGUUACCGCACACUCAUCUCGGCAUCCGAACGGAGGCUAUGAGGCAAUUGGCUGAAAUAGCUACUUUGGAGGAUUUUCAGGAGGCGCUUGUGGACACCGGCGUGUUUGAGGUAUUGUUGACGCUUAUCGGUGAUAGCAGACAGGACGUUCGGUUGUCAUCAAACAAUCUGCUUCCGGUUCUUGGUAUCGCGUUUGCCCAGGGCGGGAAGCUCAGCGUCCUCCAAAAAUUGCUUUUUUCAUCCGACAGCCUCAUAAGUUCAAGCACCUAUUCUGCAAUCCGUACCAUAUUGGAGACAGGAGAAGAGAAACAUUAUUGGAAGUUGAUUGAGUCUGGAUUAGUACCAGACCUUCUGUCUGGUACAACUGCUAAACCAUCAGAGAAGUUGGUGAUAUUGCUGGAUAUGUCUUUGAAUAAACUUGGCUCCUUCUUGCUUUUGAACGGUAGUGGAAACAUACUGUUUGAGGUACUCGAAUCGAAUCGAGCACCUAGAUUGCAAGCAACUUCAGAAGAAGUUCUGAAAGCACUCGCGAACGGAACACCGAGGCAUCGGAGGCUAGUCUGGGAUCUAUUGCUCCCGAGGCUCAAGUCGAAGCCCGAGAGGCUCUGCAUGGCGGCUUCUGCAAUGUUAUCACAUCGCCUGGCUGCAGAUCGAGUAGACUCAAAAGAAUAUGUCGUCAUGUAUGAACUGCUGGGACAUCCGCAUCCAGCCAUACGAAAGCCAAUCAUGGACGAGUUUGGACAAUUGAUAACUGGGGAAAAUAUAGAUAUUCGGGCAAACGAAAUUAUCGUCGACCUGUUGAACGUUCUUCUUCAGCUGACUUCAAGCACUACUGCAUUCCCUGAUGUCGUGUCCUUCACUGGAGAGAUCUUCUUACCGAAGACAGGCCUCGCAUUGUGGUAUGUUUGUGGACGUACCGAUAUCUACUGUGUUGAUUAGGUUUUCUCAUUUCAGUCAUCUCGGGAAGUUGGCGACAAUCGUCAAUAUUCUUGACCACCAUUCCCUGCAGCUUAGAAAAGGGUCCUGUCUUGCCCUGCAGUCAAUCGCACAAGGCCCAGAGAAGCACAAGCUGCUCCCUGCUGGCAUUCUUGCUCCCUGCUGCAACAUGGAGCGCCUCGUGGGGGAUGGCAAUUUGACGCGUCUUGUAUGCGUGUUGGUCCCGAAUAUCAUUGAAUUUGUUAAGAA